CUGCAUAUAAGUACCCUAAUAUACUUUGAAGAGGUUUAGUAAGAUUUCGAACGUAAACUGUACAACAAGAUUAGAAGACAUAAUGAGAUUCCGGUGGAUAUUCUUGAUUCUGGUUGUUGGACUGCAUUAUGCCAAGGCUCAGGACCCCAUACCUGAAGACAAUGAUGCCGAACUGUGGAGGGUACUCUAUUCAAAACUCAAUAGACUUCUGGAUGAAACGAACUCUCUUAGUCAACUCAUGCAGGAGAUGAGAGAAAAGCAAUCUCACCAGGGCCACGAAAUAUCCAAUAUAUUCAAGCACAUCAAAAGGGAGAGAAAAUGUCCAGCGGCACAAGUGGUGGAAAAACGAGUAACCGCACAGCCAGCACGAGAAUCCGCUGCCUCAUCCUCGGUCACAGCAUCGCCGCCCCGGCAUGAAUGGACAGUAGUUUUACGUCGUCAAGAUGGCUCCGAAAAUUUCCAACGUAAUUGGGAUGACUAUCGCAAUGGUUUUGGCAAUCCCGAGGGUGAAUUCUUUUUGGGCCUGGAAAGACUGCACACCAUAACCACCUAUGAGGGAGCGCAUGAAUUGCUGGUCACGCUGCGUGACUGGGAGUAUGAGGAGCGUUAUGCCCGCUAUGAUCACUUUCAGAUUGGCAGUGAAUCGGAGGAAUAUGCCCUCAAGGAAUUGGGCGAGUAUUCUGGGACAGCCGGUGAUGCCUUGGCCUAUCACAAGGGCAUGAAAUUCUCCACACUGGAUCAUUCCAAUUCGGGUAUGUGUCCACGCAACUAUGGUGGCGGCUGGUGGUUUAAUCAAUGUGUGGAUAGCAAUUUGAAUUCGGUGUACAGGACACAGGGUGAAUGCUUUGAGAUGCCGAAAAUACUAUGGUCCACAUGGAAGGGUUUUAAUUAUUCGAUGAAAUUUGUUGAAAUGAAAAUACGUCCAAGGACCUAAACAGAGCACGAAUUUGAUUUUAAUUUUUAUUCUUAAAAAAGUGUAUUUAUAUAUAUUUAUAUAGUAUAUAUAUUAUAUAUGUUACAAAAAUCCGUCAUCAAGACAUUUUAGCACUUAACACAACAAGCAGGAAAUACAC